AUGAAAAAAAUCAAUUCAUUAUUAAAUUGUCGAUCACCAUUCAAACGUUGUCGAUGGAAAUUUAAUGAUCGUUUGAUUAUGAUUUUUACUUUCAUAUUUUCUAUUUCACUUUAUUAUACUAUUUUUAUUUUUCAAUCAAAUUCUUUUGAAUUACAUUCAUCAAAUGUAAUCAUUUCAUUAACAAGUACACCUGAACGAUUUCAUUAUGAACUUUCUUUUGCGAUUCAUUCGUUAUUAUCUCAAACACAAUUACCAAAACAAAUUCGUAUCUAUUUAUCAUCUACUCCUGUCAUACAAAUUCGAUUGGAAGAAGAAGAUUAUGGUCCGACGAUAAAGUUUCUUCCAAUUAUUAAAGAAUUUCAAUCGAAAUCACAAGCAAUUAUGAUUUGUGAUGAUGAUCAAUAUUAUCAUCCAUAUGCUUUAGCAACAUUAAAUAAAUAUUCAACUAAAUAUGAAAAUAGUAUUAUUGGUUUCAGAGGUUGGCGAGUUCGUGAAGAUUUGAUUUGGGGUGUUGAAGGUAAAUAUGAAAUAGGUUAUCAUGUUAUUGAAUUUCAGUAUCUCUCUGAAGUUUAUCGUGUUGGGGUUCUUACUGCAAAUUAUGGUUAUUUAAUUCGUUCAUCAUUUUUUGAUUUUCAUAUUUAUCAAGAUUUUAAUCAAGUUUCGGGUGAUAUUCGUCAUGUUGAUGAUAUUUGGUUAAAUGGACAAGCAUCAAAAUUAAAUAUUCCUCGUUAUGUUAUUCCAUCAUGUUGUUCACAUAUUGAAGUUACUCGAACACAUGUACUUGAACAAUAUUUUGAUAGAAAUCAAAUGAAUAGAUUAUCAGCUAAUAAUCAUGCAUUACAAUGGUUUAUUAAUAAUUGGGAAAAAGAUUUAUGGUAUAGAUUUCAAGGUGAAAAUGGACCAAAAUAUCGUAGUUGGCAAAUGAUGAUCUAUCGAGAAUGGAUUAAUUUUAUUUUAAAAUUAAAAUUUAUUUUUUAUUUUGGUAUUAUAUAA